GGCUCGGAGGCGGCUGCGGAGAGCGGGGCGCUGGCCCGUGGAGGCGGCAGCGGCGGCGGCUAUCUAGCGGAUCCGAGGAAUUUAUCAAGUAAUUCUGCUAAGAAGGAAUUGGGAUCAGCACUACUGUCUCUUUUGGGGGACUUAAAAGUUAGAUAUGUGACUUUGAAAGAAAAAAUACACAAAGGCAUACCACUGGAAGAGCUGCCCCCACUGUCACUAGAAUCAAAAUUAUUAUCUACCUUCUCUACUUUUGCUUCCAGGCUAAUGAAAAAAGAAACACAUGUCUUUUCAGAAGCAGAUGCUGAACAAGAUGAUCAGAGGGCUCAUGAUGUUGAUGUUUCUUCGAACCUAAAAAAGACACUCUCUCAAAUGUGUUUAUCAUCUGACAAUAGUCAUGCUACACAAAACGUAUCACCCAAGAAAGAUGACUUUAAAAAUGGUGAUAUAAAUGCAGACUUUAGUCAACUGAAACUUGAUGAUAAAGACUGCAGACAUUACCAAGAGAUAAGUGAAGACUGGUCUGAUGCUAAGGAGAACCUGACAGGAGUUGACAUCUCAGGAACACAAGAAAAUCAAAUAGAACAAGACAGAUGGAAUUUGGAUCUUACAGUAGAAAUGAAGAAUGUUGAACUCUCACAAAGAGAUAAAGGUUAUUUGAUACAUGUUGGUGGCCUCUGCCCUUCAGUAUCUGAGGCCGAUUUAAGGUCUCAUUUCCAAAAAUACCAAGUUUCUGAAAUUUCAAUUUAUGAUUCUACUAAUUACAGAUAUGCAUCUCUUGCUUUUACAAAAAACAGCGAUGCAAAGAUAGCUGUGAAAGAAAUGAAUGGGAUAGAAAUAAAUGGAAAGUCAGUAAAUGUGUGGCCUGUUAAAAUUCUUGGAGAAUAUACAUCACCACUUUCCUCCAAAAAUGGGAAUAGAAUUAGUUCGAAUAAUUUAGAGAAAAGCACCAACAAACAAAUCCACUCGGAAUUCUCCAUUUCUAGAUUGCCCAGAACUAGGCCACGGCAGCUGGGUUCUGAGCAAGACAGUGAGGUUUUCCCUUCCGACCAGGGUGUCAAGAAGAAUUGUAAGCAGACUGAAUCUGCUAAAUUAUUACCUGAUACACCCGUUCAAUUCAUACCUCCAAAUACAUUGAACCUUCGUAGCUUUACCAAGAUCAUAAAGAGACUGGCUGAACUGCAUCCAGAAGUCAGCAGAGACCAUAUUAUAAAUGCACUUCAGGAAGUGAGAAUAAGACAUAAAGGUUUUCUGAAUGGCUUAUCUAUUACUACUAUCGUGGAGAUGACUUCAUCUCUUCUGAAAAACUCUGCUUCCAGUUAGGAAUUCAAAAAACAAUAAAGAGAACUUCCUUGGAAAGUGUGUUUCCUCCUUCAGAGAAUGUUCUACAGCACUUAGGAAAAAGUAGUAAUAACAAGAUGAUGUAAUUAAAUAGGCUUUAUAAAUGGGCUAAGCUGUUAAAAUAUUCUACUUUAUAUCCCUCCUUUAAAAUCUAGCAACAGUUGUCUAUACAAUAUUAAGAUCUUCUCUAUAUAUUUAAAGUUAAAAUAUAAUUUUAAUAAGUUUUUAAAUUUUUUUAUUUCAAUUUUGUUACUUAGAACAUUAAGAUGCAUAUUUGUGAUCUAAAGAAAUUGUCUUGUCCAUUUUAAAAACUUUUAUUAAGUCACUUUUAAAAUGUAUUGACCAAGAAGGAGGUUUGUUGUUACAUCAAUGUUUGUGAAAUGAUUUCCAUACAUAAAAAAUGUAAUUUACCUGAACUUUGUCUUAAGACUCUUACAUUGGAUUAUAGGAUAACAGAUAAAUAAACUGUAUAGAUACGUUCAGUAUCAUGCAACAUUUUGGAAUGUGUAUGCUUUCAGGCUUCCAAGAUAAUUAAAUUACUGUCAUGAUACAUUUCAUGCAUUUUUAUGACUUCAGUAUAAAACAUUCAGGUAUGUUAGCUUUCCCUGGGAAGGGUAAACUUGUAUGUGCUUUGGUAAAGUACUUAAAUUCCAGUGUUCCCUGUAGUGCUUGCAUUCAUUUUGUGAGAAGUUUUGUUGUAUUGUUAGAACAAUUUUCAAAGGCUAAUUUUAUACCUUAUCUGAUAGAAAUAUAGAAUAGAUAGUUCUUUAAUUGCUUACUUUUUAAAAGUAAUAUAAUAUUUAAGUUGCAUUUUUAUUAAUAGUAAGAUUAACAUUUAAGUCUGCAUUUUCUUUAAAUGUUUUAAAUGUUUAUAGCAUUCAAUGUGUAGUUGGUUUUACUUGACUAAAAAUUAGCCCUUUAACGUUUAUAUUUGAUGUAUUUAUAUUUAAUAAAGGCAUCUAAUCUUUA